AUGCGCAAAAGCAAGAAUAACGAUUUCAAAACUCCCUUUAUAGUUCCUCAAGAUAGUCUUCCCUUUAAGAGUAUCAAGUAUUCAGUCACGUAUCCAGCAAAGCGCAAUAAAAUCGAUGAUUCAGUUAAGAAUUCUCGUCUUUUAAAACCUUUAGGAAAGAACAACGUUGUUUCCGACGCGGAGGAUAAUAUUGAACUUCCUCACAAAAAACCAAAAGAAGGGAACUUCAAUGAUAAUUUACCUGUCUCUUCCCCUCCUAAAAAGAUUAGCUGUAUUAGCUCAACUUUUUCAUUAAAAAAAUUGUCGCGUCCUUUUAAAGUUCCUACAUUUAUUAGAAAUGUUGAGCCUCAGAACGGUCAACAACGUCCACUAUCCCAUAAGCACCUUGCCUUUGUAAGACCAGCACAUAAUCCUAAGGCGGAAAACGCGAUUAUACUUUAUGAUCCCUUGGAUAAUAAAGAUCAGGAUAUUAAAAAGAAGGAUAAAUCCGUGGCGGAAAUUUUAGGGACUAAAAAUCCGGCUAAUCAAGAAGUUCCUGUCAUUGUUGAUCCAAUUUUGGGGCAAAAACUUCGUCCUCAUCAGGUUGAAGGCGUAAAGUUUCUUUAUAAUUGUACCACCGGAAGGACCGUAGAAGGAGCUUUUGGGUGUAUAAUGGCAGAUGAAAUGGGUCUUGGAAAAACUCUUCAAUGUAUCGCCCUUCUGUGGACACUACUUAAACAGUCUCCUGAAUUUAACAAGAAAACAAUAGAGAAAUGUAUCAUCGCAUGUCCAUCAAGUCUUGUAACAAAUUGGGCUAAUGAAUUUGUUAAAUGGCUAGGCUCUUUACGAAUCAAACCGCUAGUAAUCGAUAACAAAGGAGGGAAAGAAAAUGUGAUGAAAGAUCUGAAACAUUUUGCCGAUGCUCAGGGUCGAAUGAUUAUUAAUUCUGUUUUGAUCAUUUCAUAUGAGACAUUACGUGCAAAUAUUGUGGAAUUAAAGGAGUGUAAGAUUGGUCUUCUCUUAUGCGAUGAAGGUCAUCGCUUAAAGAAUUCAAGUAAGUACAACGAAGAGUUAUUUUAUCCGAACGAUCUCUCCGAAUAUUUCUCGCUUUUAAACUUUACCAACCCUGGACUUCUUGGUACGCCCAACGAAUUUCGCAGGAAUUACGAGAAUCCUAUCCUUCGUGGUAGAGAUGCUGAUGCAUCCGAACAUGAACGAUACAUUAGUGAUCAAAAGUUAGCAGAACUGUUGAGUGUUGCGAGCAAGUUUAUUAUAAGGCGAAGUAACGACAUUUUAUCAAAAUAUUUACCCGUAAAAUACGAACAUGUCGUAUUUUGUCGCCUAAGCGAGUUCCAAUUGUCACUAUACGAAUUGUUCAUGACAUCUCCUGAAAUCCAACGUCUCUUGCGUGGUAUCGGUUCACAGCCUCUUAAAGCUAUAACUAUCCUUAAAAAGUUAUGUAAUCAUCCCGACUUGCUUGAUCUUCCAGGAGAUCUUAAAGGAUCGGAAACAUGUUUUCCGCAAGAUUAUUCAAUAAAGGAAAAGGCACGAAUAGUUAAACCAGAAUUUUCUGGAAAAAUGUUGGUUUUGGAUAGAAUGUUGUCAAAAAUUAAGGACGAGUCAGAUGACAAGAUCGUCUUGAUUUCAAAUUAUACGCAGACACUAGAUCUUUUCGAAAAAUUAUGCCGGAUGAGAAGAUACGCUUGUCUGCGGCUUGAUGGUUCGAUGUCGAUAAAAAAACGACAGGAACUUGUAAAUCGAUUUAACGACCCGAAAAGCCCAGAAUUCGUGUUUCUCCUGAGUAGCAAAGCGGGUGGAUGUGGCAUAAACUUAAUUGGAGCAAAUCGUCUUGUAUUAUUUGAUCCUGAUUGGAAUCCUGCUUCUGAUCAACAAGCAUUGGCAAGGGUUUGGAGAGACGGACAAAAGAAAGAGUGUUUUAUAUAUCGAUUUAUCGCGACUGGAACGAUUGAAGAGAAAAUCUUCCAACGUCAAUCACACAAGCAAUCUCUCUCAUCAUGUGUUGUUGAUGAGGAAGAAGGCGUUGAAAGACACUUUUCACUUGAAUCUUUAAGACGUCUGUUCCAAUUCGAUCCGGAUACCAUGUGUGACACUCAUAGCACUUUUAAGUGCAAAAGGUGUAUUAAUGGAAUUCAAAGUCUUCCAAGGCUUCCCAGCGAAAAUAUGAGUUAUGGUGACACGAGCUCAUGGGAUCAUUUUUCUGGGGGAACUGAUCUUCUUAAGACUCGAGACCCAAUUCUGAAGUUGGAAGCUAAUCAAGGAGUUGUUUCUUAUGUUUUUCAAUAUAAGUCUCAUUAA